GGUACUCCCGUCUGCUUGCGUCUGAUCUAUUUCUUUAUCCUCCCCUGGAAACGCAUCGCACCCUCGACUCCGCCUCGUAUUUUCCUCCUCCUACCUUUUCCCUCUACCAUUCUCUACCCCGCACCAGUUUCGCCGUCGCCGCCCAUUUUAACAGGAGCUAAGCCACCCGCCCGAGCUCUGUAUUAAAUGUCACCCCGAGAACUUAAGAAGUGUGAAGUCAAUUGAAAGAGUUGCUAGAUGUGAAUUUUAUCCGAUCAUCCAAGGCACCCUAUAGAGCACCGGUGUUAUUCCAAAGGAAGUUUGAUGUAUCACUUCGGGUGUGCAUAAACUAUUCGGCUCUCAACAAAGUAAUAGUCAGGAACAAGUACCCUAUCCCACUCAUUGGAGACUUGUUUGAUCAGCUCGGCAUCACAAGUCUGUCAAAAAUGGUGAGACAUCCUAGGGCACUUCAUAGACGUUCAUCUCGUAGACUCAGGUUGGCCCCAUAUCCAAUUCCCUCAUAUGACUGGAAGGUUUCUGAGAAAGAAGUUGAUUCAAAAAAGACCUCUGUGACCUCAGAGAAGAGGGACUGGGAAGAUGUCACUUGCUCAGUGUGCAUGGAGUAUCCACAUAAUGCUGUUUUACUUCUUUGCUCUUCGCAUGACAAGGGCUGCCGGCCCUACAUGUGUGGGACUAGCUAUCGUCACUCAAAUUGCCUUGAUCAAUUCAAGAAUGCAUAUACAAAAAUGGCAACUAAUUAUGAUCAAGGUGCAGAAAAUGCAGCCCUCAGAUCACACAACUCUCACUUGAUACCAUUACCAUUUGAGAAGUCCAAGAAAAUGGAGCUUGCAUGCCCUUUGUGCCGAGGGCAGGUAAAGGGAUGGACCGUGGUAAAUCCGGCACGAGAGUAUCUCAACAAGAAAAAGAGAAGCUGCGCGCAAGAAGAUUGCUCAUUUGUGGGGACUUACAAGGAGCUCAGCAGGCAUGUUAGAUCUGAACAUCCAUCUUCAAAUCCACAUGAGGUGGAUCCUGUGCUUGAACAGAAGUGGAGGAUGCUUGAGCAUGAAAGGGAGCGACAAGAUGUCAUUAGUACAAUAAGGUCAUCAAUGCCAAGGUCAGUGGUAGUCGGGGAUUAUGUGAUUGAGACGGGAAACAGUGAGACAAAUACGGAUGAUGAGGCUGGUGAUAGGCAUGGAGAUCUUGACUUGGAGAACCGUGGCAUUAGUGGUAGCAUCCUGUACCUUUUUCUGAGAGAAAGUGCACGUCUCAUGAGUCUUUACCAAGACAAUGAGGAGAUAGAGGCGAUAGGGGAUCCUCCAAACAGUGAGGAUGCUGAUGUUGUUAUCCUGGAUGAGGAUAAUUAUGUGACUCCAGUUGUAACUCAAACGAACCGUACAGAUGCACAAAGAGCUGAGAGGAGGCAUAGGCGGAGGCGUAGGAGCCAUGGAAGGUGAAGAAGAGCCCACUUUGUUGGAUUAUACUGCCUCAAGCAGAAACUAAACUAGAGAAUUUCUUUCUCCCGUAGUUUCUCAUCAGCAACUUAGUCUCUAGUUUAUUGAAACUAAAUCAGAGAAUCUCUAUUUCCCUUUCUGAGUGCCGGAAGGUCUGAGUGUUACCGGCAACCAAAAUUGAUGUCACCAUAUGCACUGCGACUCAUUCAUUUUGGAUAACCGACUCCUGUGCAUUUGAUGACUUUGCCUCUCCCAUAUGCACUUUGAUGUAUCAUUGUCUACAUUAUUAAAAAUAGAUUCCCCUCCCCCCUCUUUUUGUA